AUUCACAACUUCCACAGCAGCUUGUUCUACUCCAUUUUCCUAUGCUUACAGUUAGUACAGUUCUGUACUAAAAAACCAUGUCAAAGAAAACUGUUGUGUCAGUGGAACUACUCUGUUCAAAGUGCAGACAGAAGGUCAUGAAGUUAAUUGGUGCAAUAGAAGGGAUAACUUCUGUUGUUCUUGACCCUUCAAAAAAUACAGCCACAGUAAUUGGAGAAGCUGAUCCAGUGAAAAUUAUCAAACAGGUGAGGAAGUUCAAAAGAUCUGCAAUGAUUGUGAGUAUAGGUCCUCCCAAGGAAGAGAAAAAGGAUGACAAGUCUGUGUCCUCCCAAGUCCAUAUUCAUAGCCUUCCCAAGAUCUGUCAGGGUUGUGAUGUCUGGUACAUGGUCGGUGCAGAUUAUCAUAUAUGUUCAAUUCUGUAACUAAGAAACCCAUGUCUCAUGGAUCUCUGUAUUCAUUACGAGUUUAGCUCAUGUAGUUCAGCCAUUUGAACAGAUAAAAUUUUUCUCCUUUUCC